AUGAGACCAUCUUCUUCAGCACGCAAGAUGAAGAUGAUCCUCCAUCUUCUUUGGCAGCAUGUCCAAGGGUUCAGUGUUCAGCUUUCUCCUGCUUGUGAUCAAUGUCGUCAUUUUGAGAAAGGCUUAUGCCGGCUCAACAGCACCGGAGGAUUUUAUUGUCUCAAAUUUAAAGGUUUUGGAGCAGGAUUAGGCAUUCUGUUGUUAGCUUUGCUGCUCUGUUUCGGACUCUACAAGCACAAACAGAAUGCUGUGUCCCAUGUCAGAUUCCGAUCAUCAAAUCAAUACCCAAGUGAUGCAGACCCAGACAGUGGCAGACUCUUCUUUGGAGUCCCAAUCUUCUCCUACACGGAGCUUCAAGGCGCAACCAAUAACUUUGACCCUUCCAACAAACUGGGAGACGGAGGGUUCGGCUCUGUUUUCUAUGGGAAGCUUCAAGAUGGGCGUGAAGUUGCAGUGAAACACCUAUUCAACCACAACUACAAGCGAGUGGAACAGUUUAUGACUGAAGUUGAGAUCCUCACUCGCCUGCGUCACAAAAAUCUUGUCUGUCUCUAUGGCUGCACUUCGCGUCAGAGCCGUGAGCUCCUUCUUGUCUACGAAUACAUCCCAAAUGGCACCCUUGCCAGUCACCUACGUGGCAGCUUUGCAAAUCCUGCGUUGCUGACUUGGCCUGUUCGAAUCAAAAUCGCCAUAGAAACUGCCAGUGCUUUGGCUUACCUUCAUGCUUCCGGCAUCAUCCAUCGUGACGUCAAAACCAACAACAUUCUCCUUGACAAGAACUUCUGUGUUAAGGUUGCAGAUUUUGGACUUUCUAGGUUGUUCCCAAAUGAUGUCUCGCAUGUUUCUACGGCUCCACAAGGAACACCAGGCUAUCUUGAUCCAGAAUAUUACUAUUGCUUUAGGCUGACCGAUAAAAGUGAUGUGUAUAGUUUUGGGGUUGUGCUUAUGGAGCUGAUAUCUUCAAUGCCAGCAGUUGAUAUGAGAAGGAACAAAGAUGAGAUUACAUUGGCGGGGCUUGCAGUUAGGAAAAUUCAGAGGAAUGAAUUUGUGGAGCUGGUGGAUCCAUGUUUGGGGAUUGAGAAGGAUGGUGAGGUGAUGAAGAAGGUGGUUGCAAUGGGAGAAUUGGCAUUUCAGUGUUUGCAGAUAGAUAAGGAGAUGAGGCCUUCCAUUGAUGAGGUUUUAGAGGUUUUGAGGAAAAUCGAAGGUGGUAAAGAAGAAGAGGAUGCAGUGAAAGACGGAGAUGGAGGUGAAGUUUUAAAGAAUAAAGCAGAUAUACAAGCACGAGCAGUGACUUCAAUAAGCUUUGAUCAGGGAAAGUUGUUCAAGUCAGCAUCUUCUCCAAAGGACAUGAUCCAGAAAUGGGCAAAUGGAAAAUUUGAUCAAGCAAAGCUGUUUAGCGUUUAA